AUGCCCACAGUUUUGACUAGUGACUCACCCGCAUCGAAGGGGGCGGUGUUGGACUCAUGGCUUCCGCAGACUGUGGUGUGUCACGUGACUUUGAUCAGUGCUGCCAGUGCGGAGCGUGUGUGCAGACUUCUCUUUUGUACAGACAUAGUUUUGUAUUUCCUGCUGAUGAUGACUGCUUUAGUCAAUGACCCCUCUGGAGCAAACCCUUCCCUCUCUACACACACACCUCAUCAGAAACAGAUACAGGCCACUGCUGAGCAGAUCCGCCUUGCUCAGAUGAUCUACGACAAAAACGAUGCAGAAUUCGAGGACAAAAUCAAACAGUUGGUGGAGGUAACAGGGCGAUCUCAGGAUGAGUGUGUGGUAGCCCUCCAUGAUUGCAACGAGGACGUCAACAGAGCCAUCAACCUGCUCCUGGAGGGAGGGGUGACUGAUCAGAGCUCCUGGGAGACGGUGGGCAAGAGGCGUGUGGGUAAGGAUGGAGCCACUGAGAUGAAAGACAGCAGAGAGAAGAGAGGAGAGAGGGAUGCAGGCAGAGGUCGCGCAGCCGCCCGCCGUGGACGAGGAGGCAGCCGCCCCCGCGAAGGGGAGAGUGGUGGGAUGGACAUGGGCAACCGCAGAGGGCGUGGCAGAGGUGGAGUUGGAAGAGGUCGGGGCAGAGGAACGGGCGUCAGCAGGUUCUCAUCCCAAGGAAUGGGGACGUUUAAUCCGGCUGACUACAGUGGCGGUGCUGGCCAUACGGACGGCAGGGAGGCGGAGGUCAACGGAGGAGGAGCAGGCUCCUGGAAGAAUAAUGCUGUAGACGACUGGGCUGCUGAGGACUGGAGUGAAGAUCUGUUGGAGACCAAAGUGUUUACAUCCUCAAGUGCCCUGGUGGGCGGUGCACACAUCACAUCUGCAAACAGUAUGGAUCUGUGCACGUUGAUGUCUCAGGCAGCAGAGGGCGCUGUGGAGGCUGACCCGGAGACCCUGGGCCAAAGCCUUGUGUUCACCAACUCCCAACACACACAAGCACACAGCAAUGCAUGGACAACCACUCACAGCUAUGCUGCUGCAGCAUCUUCCACUGGGAUAAGCGGUGGCUCGUCGGCGAUGGCAAAGGCGGUCCACCACCAUCCUCCCCCUCCCCCACCUGCUGCUGCUGCGGACCCCCCCGCCGCCCCGGAGAUGCCAGGAAGCGGCGCUAUAGGCAGGGCCGAAGCCCCGCCCCUGGACAUCGCCGUCUCCUCCUCCUCCUCUCCCUCCUCUUCAGCCAUCCCCUCCUCUCUCCCCUCUUCUCUACCCUCUUCUCUUCCCGCUCCUCUUCCCUCUUCUCUCCCCGCUUCUCUCCCCUCCGCCUCCUCUACAAGCACCGCGGCACCAGAGACGCACACGCACGCUCGCACACACUUCACCCCCACUCCCAGCGUCAGCCCACCCACACACAUGCCACCCCCCUCCAUCGCCGCCGCCUCCUCCUCCUCCUCCUCCUCCUUGUCAGAGAGCAGCAGGACCACUGCCCCAACACACAUCGAAGUGCCUCCACAGCCAGAGCCAUCUGCAAUCCUCUCCCAGCAUGCCUUGCAGCAGUCUGUUGCCACGGCGGAGUCGUCUCACCCUGCGCUGCCCGAGGGCUCCGCUCUCCGGGCUUCGUCGGGCCCCGAGGCCCCCGCACCCCUCCGAACCCGGCCCAUGAAACGCAGGCCCCUACCUCCAUCCAAGAUCCCGUCGUCUGCAGUAGAAAUGCCUGGCACCGCCGACGUCAGCGGCCUGAACGUGCAGUUUGGCGCUCUGGACUUCGCCUCAGAACCCAUCGCCAUGGAGACCGCCCAGCCAGACAGCAGCCUGGAGCAGCCCCCCCAGGAGCCCCUCCCACAGAGCAGCCUGCCCCCCAGAUCCGCAAGUGAUUCGGUGGCCAGCUCCUUGGACUCUGUUUACCCGGCCCCGUCGCGCGGCCUGCCCACCGCCACCGCCGUACCCAGCAGCACACAGAGGGUAGUGUCUGUCCCACAGGAGCCGGCCCCGCUUACAAAUGGCUACAGUGAAGUGAGAACCUCCACCUCUCAGGAUGUAUUGAAGGCUGACGUCCCCUCUCAUCAGUCGCCCGCCGAGUCACCUGUGGCCACGCCCUCCCACAGUGUUUCCAUGGCAGCACUCAGCAGCACCCAUGUGUCCGGGUCUGUUGUCCCCCCAAGCAGCUCAUCUCUCUCGGCGUCUGUAGAGGCACCGGUGGCCAGUGUACUAUCAGGUGCUCCUGGUCUGACCCCCAAUGGCUCAUCCAGAAACACUGGCCCACCAAGCGCUAACCCUGGCAAAACUCUUCCUCCAAUGAUGCCCAGCCAGUACAUCAUGAGUCCCGGAGGUCUGAUGCCUGCCUACCCGCAGAUGUAUGGCUAUGAGGAGAUGCAGAUGAUGCAGUCACGCGUCCCCAUGGACUACUAUGGAAUGACGUACCCUGCCACGACUGCAACCAUGCCAGGCAGAGACGGUGUGCUCGCCAGCAACCCUUACUCAGGUGAAACCACUAAAUUUGGCCGUGGUGACUCUGCUUCCCCAGUGCCCGCUGCCACCACCCUGUCCUCGGCCCUCCCCCAGCAGGGUGGCGUGCCCCAGUCGCAGGCCGCCAUGAGUGGUGGUGUUGGUGGUGGUGCCGGUGCCCAGAGCCAGGCCCAGGCCCAACAGCAGGCCCAACAGCAGGCCCAGCAGCAACAGCAGCAGCAGCAGCAGCAGCAGCAGGCCUUCCUCAGCCCACCGCUGCCCCCCGGCUACAGCUACCCCGCCAUGCCCUACUACCCGGCCCUGCCCGGCACCUUCCAGUACCCGCUGCUCAUGCCCACCAACGCCAAGCAGCCAGCGCAGUACCCACCCUACGGCUUUGAUGAUCUUUCCCAAGCGGCGGACUUCAGCAAAGCUUAUGGAGGCUCCUCCCAAAGCCAGCCCAAGGGGGCCAACAGCUCUGGUAAAGGAAGCAGUGGCGUCCCAGACAUGAGUGCCUACAGCAAGACACAGUCGUUUGAGAAGGCAGGAUUCCACACGGCCACGCCCCCUCCCUUCAGUCUGCCAUCGGCACUGGGUGGAGCCACCGCGUACGGCCACACCCCCUUCCUGCACAUACUGCCAGCCCACCAACAGCCCCACUCACAGAUGAUGCAGGGAGUCCCUGGGCAGCGCAGCCAGAACAGCGGGCUGCAACAGAAGAGUGGCAAGAGCAGCUACAGCAACUCUGCUUACUGGGCCAACUAAACCCACGCCACCCCACCUCAACACCUACAAACAAACAAACAAACAACAACAACGAUGACGACUACCACCACACACCAAAACGCACUGUGUUUGCCCCCCCCCCCUUAAAAACAAACAAAACAAAACAAGAGUCUCUCUGCUCCAACCCCGUGACGAGUUUCUCCUCCCCCUGGGUUCUGGUUGGUUGUCCAUGUAAGAUAUUUCUGUAUUUAUAAAUGCUGUAAAUGUACAAAAUAAGUUGUGGCUGUUUUAUUUUUGUUGAACUUUUGGAAUAGUGGCUGGGAGAUGUAGCAGGAGAUAUACGUGACGCGAGGAGAAACUCUCAUCUGGGGACGGAGCUCUGAUCAAAUCGGUGUGGUGGGACCGGGGGGCAAGUUGGUUGAGACUCGGAGGAGAAGACUCCUCUCUGACAUAUUGUUACUGAUGAUGGGAUUGUUAUUUUGGGGGGGGUGGGGGGGUGUGGUGCGGUGUGACGCGGCGCGGCCCAACAUGACGUGACGACACUCCUCUUAUUGGCGCUUUAACAUUUUCAAAUCCUGCCCCCCACCCAAAGAUUUUAUAUUUAAAAAUCUGUUGCCAUGGGAAUAAAGAUUCUAAGCAAUGGA